CACCCCACCCACCCGCCUCCUCUACCCCCUACCCCGCACCCCUUAAUACCCACCUCCUCUCUCUUGCUCUUGCGUAUUCCAAUUUUUUUGUGUUUUGCAAAAAGUCCGCCAUUUUUUUCUUUCUAGGGUUAGGGUUUUACUUUUAACCAUGUUUUGUUUUUUGAGAAGUUUGGAGAUUGUAGAAUGGUAAAGGUAUUCCUUUUUUCUGUUCAGGAGUUGUUCAGUUUAAUUGUCAUCGUUCAGUUCUGCAGGUCAACUAUGUGCUGAAUCUCCUCUGGAAUUGGGGUUGUUUGGUUUAAAUGUCAUCGCUCAGUUCUGCAGAUCAGCCACGUGCUGAAUCUCCUCUGGAAUUGAUUCAGGGUACUGAGGAAAACCUGCAGAUCACUACUCCCCUGCUUCAGAACUCUCAAGCUAUGUAUAAUGAAGGAGCCCCUGAGUUUGUUGUUGAUCAGGGAUUAUAUUAUCCACCUGCCACCAAUUAUGGUUAUUUCUGUACAGGAUUAGAAUCACCUGGUGAUUGGGAUGGCCACCAAGGAUUUUUUGGUCUGGAUGGUCAGGAUAUUCAGUAUAUGGAUGCUCAAACUGAAAGUUUCCCGUAUGUAUAUUAUACACCUAACUAUGGAUGUGCACAGUCUUCAUAUAACCCAUACAACCCUUACAUUCCUGGUGCCGUAGUAGGAGCUGAUGGUCCAUGUGCAGGGCCACAACAUUACUACACAAUUCCCCCUUACGAAAACUUGGGAUCAUCUUCGUACUUCCCGAUGGCGGUGCCAUCUACAUCUAGUAUUCCUGAGAAUGCUGCAGAUCCGAUAAUGGAUAGUGUUAUAUCUUCUACUAACAGAGCUGAUGAUCUUCGUCUUAAACGUAAUUUAUCUCCAACAUCUCCAAUAUUUACCCCGACUUCAUUAGGGCCAGCUUCAGGUUAUAAAAGUGCAUCUAACAGGGGAUCUGAAAGUGCAAAGAUCAAUGCUGCAUCGGGCAAGCAGCACGUGUCACAUGGUUUUUCCAGUCCAUCCUCUCAGGGUACAGUUGCUCAAGCUAUAGGAAGCAUUAUUCAUGGGAAGGUUUUGUCUAAUCACGGUCAACUGAGAGCUCCUCUUCCACCUGAAAUUGACUUGUCUAAUCACAGAUCAGGUGCUCAUGAUCAGGCUAAUACAGAUAAAAUCAGGACAAAGUUUCUAAAUGGAACAAUCCCAAGUGAUGGGAAAGUUAGUCCUGAUAUGUUGAUGGAACAGAAUAGAGGACCUCGAAUUGACAAAAUGAAAAAGCAAUUGCUUGUGAAGGCCUACUCUACAAGAGCAGGAAAUGUUGAUGUGCAAGGAAAUAUAGUUAUUCAUGCUGAUGAGUACAAUAGGGGUGAUUUUCUGAUGGACUUCGUGAACGCAAAGUUUUUUGUGAUCAAAUCAUACAGUGAGGAUGAUGUGCACAAGAGUAUAAAGUACAAUGUUUGGUCAUCAACCCCUAAUGGGAACAAAAAGCUAAAUAGUGCUUAUGAAGAUGCUCAGAGAAUUACUCCUGGAAAUCCAAGAGGCUGCCCGAUAUUCCUUUUUUUCUCGGUUAAUGCAAGUGGGCAGUUUUGUGGGGUCGCCGAAAUGACUGGUCCUGUAGACUUCUACAAGGACAUGGAUUUCUGGCAGCAAGAUAAGUGGAGUGGUAGCUUCCCUGUGAAGUGGCACUUCAUAAAGGAUGUCCCUAACCCUAACUUUAGGCAUAUUAUAUUAGAGAACAAUGAGAACAAGCCAGUAACUAACAGCAGAGACACACAAGAGAUACGCUACAAGAAAGGCAUUGAGAUGCUGAAAGUAUUUAAGGAUUAUGCGUCAAGGACAUCAUUGCUAGAUGACUUCAUGUAUUAUGAAAACAGACAGAAACUCUUGCAGGAAGAGAAAGCCAAGCUGCUAAUCAGGAGCUACGAUAACCCAUUUGCUGUUCCUGCACUUGAUCCUCCACGCAAGCUAAAUUCUACUCCAGGUCUACCUUCUGGUGGAAGUGAGAAGAUCUCAAAGUAUAGUGCUGUUCCUGUACUGGAUCUUCCACUCAAGCUAAAUUCUACUCCAGGUUUACCUUCUGGUGAAAGUGAGAAGAUCUCAAAGUGUAGUGAACAACAACAAUCUGGAAGUUGCAUGGCUGUUCCUGCAGAACUGAAUUCAAUAGUUUCUAAAGCUAACAAAGAGAGUGCAGAUAAUGGUGACAAACUUGUGGCUGAAGGAGGUCCACUUGUGAAUACUGCACUGAAAAUUGGUUCCUUAACUAUCAACCCGAAACCAUUGAAAGAUAAGCCGCUGGAUGUACAUAGCACUACUAAUACAGUGGCCAGCACCCAGUCAGUUGAUGUUGUCACAGUGGGAUCUAUGCCUGUUAAAGUUAAUGGACAUGCUGAAUCUUCUGGUUUCCUGACUAUUGGAACAAUUCCUCUUGAUCCUAGAGCUUUCCAGCUUGAUGAGGCCAGUGGGUCUGGAAAAAAGGUCCUUAAGUGAGUAUGCAUGAACGGUAGCUCGAUACUGAUGGAAAAGUUAGUUCCCUGUCGUAUAAUAUACUUGGUCCUACCAAAGUUGAUCGGAUAAUAAGUUUUGGGAUAUGUUCUGUUCUUCGUUCUUCCUUUCGAGGAGAAUGUGGCUGAGAUACUAAUUUUUAGUUUGUGGUUGGGAUUCGGAUGGUGGCUGUUAUUCUGCUUCAAAUACAGUGCAAGUUCUGCCUUUUGGCUUCUCUAUUUCAACAGAUUCAAGGUUUCCAUAUAUUUUCUUCAGCAUUAAGACAAAAAAGAAAAAAAAGCAAAAUGCUUCUUUUGGUAUUCUUUAGUUGUUGACUUGAAAACAAAUGUAAUGUUUGCGCGAGGCGCGUCUGCUUGAUGUUUAUCCUGGAUUUACAGUAACUGAGAGUUUCUCCAGUUCAAAUUGUCAGUCUUGUGUUUCAAAGUAGAGUCUUAUUAUGGUUCUUGUGUGUGUUUUCUGUGGUAUCUCUCUAUAUUCAUUUAUGUGCCUGUGCAUUUGUAACUUCA